CCAUACACUCUGGUGCAGGCUGCGCUCCAGCUCGGCGCGGUGGGACAGCAGAGACCUGUCUCUUUAAGUUGGUGUCAAAGCCGAUUAGCACUGAUCUCCGUCGUGAUUCUGUUUUCACCGUCUGUUCUUCCCUCCAAUCUAUUCCUGUUUUUUUUUUUUUUUUUUUGGUUUUGUUUUGUUUUGCGCGCUGCUGACGGGACGAAAAGCCGAGCGCACGGUAACUCUUCGCGGAACUUUGGGAGGAUGGACAGGAGGUGAGGUGUGUGUUUUCCCUCGCCGCUGAUAGCCCACUUUUAAAACCCCAAUGUGAUGCUGUUCUGCGCCGCGGAAUCUCCAACUUUUCCUACCAUGGUAAACCCGGAUUACCUUCCCCAUGCGAACCGCUUUCUCUGCUGUAUCCCUCCGCUAAAACAUAACGGCGCAGACAGCCUGAAACGAGAUGUGAUGAGACGCCUCCGGUGAGUGUUGUACUUGGCUCCAAAAUUAAAGACAACUUUUUUUUUUAAAAAUGCAAAAGGGCGUGCGGUACAAUGAGGGCCACGCGCUGUAUCUGUCGGUGGUCGCGCGUAAAGAGGGCACCAAGCGCGGCUUCCUGAGCAAGAAGACCACCGAGAACAGCCGCUGGACCGAGAAGUACUUCGCGCUCCACCAGAACGUGCUCUUCUACUUCGAGAACGAGCAGAGCACGAGGCCAUCUGGGAUAUACCUGCUGGAGGGAUGCACGUGCGAGAGGGCACCGGCACCUAAAGUGUCCUCCAUCGGGAAGGAGCCCAUGGAGAAACAGCAGCACUACUUCCUGGUCAUUUUUGGCCACGAUGGACAGAAACCUCUGGAGCUUCGGACGGAGGAGGAGUCAGACUGCAACGAGUGGGUGGAGUACAUCCAGCAGGCCAGUUACUCUGACAUCAUCGUCGAGCGUGAGAUCCUGAUGCAGAAGUACAUCCACCUGGUGCAGAUCAUGGAGACGGAGAAGGUCGCGGCCAAUCAGCUGCGCACUCAGCUGGAGGACCAGGACACGGAGAUCGAGAGGCUCAAAUCCGAGAUUGUAGUGUUGAACAAAGCGAAGGAAAGGCUGCAGCCUCACCAGAGCAACCAAGAGGAGGAAGACCCCGACAUUAAAAAGAUCAAGAAGGUUCAGAGCUUCAUGCGCGGCUGGCUCUGCAGGAGGAAGUGGAAGAUCAUCGUCCAGGACUACAUCUCCUCCCCUCACGCCGAGAGCAUGAGGAAGAGGAACCAGAUCGUCUUCAACAUGGUGGAGGCGGAGACCGAGUACGUCCACCAGCUCUCCAUCCUCGUCAACUGCUUCCUCAGGCCGCUCCGCAUGGCCGCCAGCUCCAAGAAACCUCCCAUCAGCCACGACGACGUCAGCAGCAUCUUCCUCAACAGUGAGACCAUCAUGUUCCUGCACGAGAUCUUCCAUCAAGGGCUGAACGCUCGGAUCGCCAACUGGCCUACGCUUGUCCUGGCGGACCUGUUUGACAUCCUUCUACCCAUGUUGAACAUCUACCAGGAGUUUGUGAGGAACCACCAGUACAGUCUGCAGGUUCUGGCAAACUGCAAACAGAACCGAGACUUUGACAAACUGCUCAAACAGUACGAGUCCAAUGCUGCCUGCGAGGGCCGCAUGCUGGAGACCUUCCUCACCUACCCCAUGUUCCAGAUCCCGCGGUACAUCAUCACCCUCCAUGAGCUACUGGCUCACACACCUCAUGAACACGUGGAGAGAAAGAGUCUGGAAUUUGCCAAAUCCAAACUGGAAGAGCUUUCAAAGAUGAUGCACGAUGAAGUGAGCGACACAGAGAACAUCAGGAAGAACCUCGCCAUAGAGAGGAUGAUCGUUGAAGGCUGUGACAUCCUCUUAGACACCAGUCAGACUUUUGUCAGACAAGGCUCUCUGAUCCAGCUGCCGUCCAGCAGCGAGCGGGGCGUGCUCAGUAAGGUCCGGCUGGGCUCCCUCUCACUCAGGAAAGAGGGAGAGCGACAGUGUUUCCUGUUCACCAAACACUUCCUCAUCUGCACCCGAACAUCUGGAGGAAAGCUUCACCUGCUCAAGCAAGGAGGAACGUUGUCUCUGAUUGAGUGCACACUGAUUGAAGAGCUGGAUAUCAGUGAUGAAGACUACAACGCUGCAGGUCAGGGUUUCAACCAUCUGCAGUUUAAAAUCGUGGUGGAGUCUCCUGACGGUCAGUCCUUCUCCGUCGUUCUCUUGGCUCCUUCACGUCAGGAGAAAGCAGCGUGGACCAGCGACAUCAGCCAGUGCAUCGAUAAUAUCCGCUGUAACGGCCUGAUGACCAGCGUGUUCGAGGAGAACUCCAAAGUUUCGGUGCCGCACAUGAUCAAGUCCGACGCUCGUCUGCACAAAGACGACGUCGACAUUUGCUUCAGCAAGACGCUCAACUCCUGCAAAGUCCCUCAGAUCCGAUAUGCCAGCGUGGAGCGGCUCCUGGAGCGCCUCACCGACCUGAGGUUCCUCUCCAUAGACUUCCUGAACACGUUCCUCCACACGUACAGGAUCUUCACCACAGCCGCCGUGGUCAUCGACAAGCUGGCAGACAUCUACAAGAAGCCGUUUACCUCCAUACCUGUCAGGAUCGAGCAACAUUCAUGUGACCGUCUGUCCAUCAUGUCCCUCUGUCCCGACUACACUCUGAAGAUCACACAGCUGGCUCUGGACCAGUCAAAGUCUCUGGAGCUCUUCUUUGCCACCAACCAGGGCUCGUGGGCGACCGACCCGUUGAACAACAAAUCCCCUCGCCUGUGUCGCAAGUUCUCCUCUCCUCCUCCCCUCUCGAUCCCCUCUCGCACCUCCUCCCCCGUCCACUCCCGCAAGCUCUCCCUGAGCUCGCCCGUCAGCUCGAAAGUCAUGGACCUCUCCACCACCCCCACCUCCUCCGCAGCCAAUUCCCCCACCUCCAGCUACUGCCCCUCCAUUUCUUCCCCUCCUCCCGGCUCUGGCAGGCCCUCUUCUGGCUUCUUCUCUCCUCCGCCCACCGCCAAGCGCUCCCCAAGCCUCCCACAGGCCUCUGGGGUGUCCUCGCCGCCCCCCGUCCCCACGAAGGCCCCCCUGGACCUGAGCCGCGGUCCCAGCUCCCCUGAGCUGAGCCCCGCCGCGGCGGAGGACGUCAGCGGGGAGCUGCCUCGCCUCGACGCCUUCUGCGGGAAGCUUAGGCGAAGCAUCCGCAGGGCCGUCCUGGAGUCAGUGUCUCUGGACAAAUUUAUCCCUGAAUCUCCAGCCAGCACGGAGGCAGGCGACAUGUCUCCCUGCCGCUCGCCUUCUACACCGAGACACCUCCGCUAUAGAACGUCAGGAGUCACAGCGGGGGAGAACUCUCGCUGCGCCAUGUCGCCCGCUUCAGCGUUUGCGAUCGCCACAGCUGCCGCGGGCCACAGCAGCUCGCAGGGUUUCAACUCUGACAAAGUCUGUGACAAAGAGUUCAUCAUCAGGAGAGCUGCUACCAACAGAGUCCUCAACGUGCUGCGACACUGGGUUUCCAAGCACUCGCAGGACUUUGACAUGAACAGUGAUCUAAAAAUGGGAGUGAUGUGUCUCCUGGAGGAGGUGCUGCGAGAUCCAGACCUGCUGCCCCAGGAGAGGAAAGCCACCACCAACAUAUUAAGUGCCCUUUCUCAAGACGAACAAGACGACGCUCAGCUGAAGAUUGAGGACAUUUUACAGAUGGCGGAGAGUCCGAAGCCCGAGUGUUUCGAGUCUCUGUCGGCGAUGGAGCUGGCCGAACAGAUCACUCUGCUGGAUCACAUCGUGUUCAGGAGUAUCCCUUAUGAGGAGUUCCUGGGUCAGGGCUGGAUGAAGGUGGAUAAGACAGAGAGGACUCCGUACAUCAUGAAGACCAGCCAACAUUUUAAUGAUAUGAGUAACCUGGUGGCGUCUCAGAUAAUGACUCACACUGACGUGGGCUCCAGAGCCAGCUCCAUUGAGAAGUGGCUCGCUGUGGCCGACAUCUGUCGCUGCCUCAACAACUACAACGGCGUGCUGGAGAUCACGUCCGCUCUCAAUCGCAGCGCCAUCUUCAGGCUGAAGAAGACGUGGGCAAAAGUCUGCAAACAGACAAAAUCUCUGAUGGACCGGCUGCAGAAGACGGUGUCAUCAGAAGGGAGGUUCAAGAACCUGCGAGAGACUCUGAAAAACUGUAACCCUCCGUGCGUCCCGUACCUGGGCAUGUACCUCACAGACCUGGCCUUCAUUGAGGAGGGCACGCCGAACUUCACAGAAGAGGGCCUGGUUAACUUCUCCAAGAUGAGGAUGAUUUCUCACAUCAUUCGGGAGAUUCGUCAGUUUCAGCAAGCACCUUACAGGAUAGAGCACCAACCCAAGGUGACUCAGUUCCUCCUGGAUAAAACUCUCGUGAUGGAUGAAGACACCCUCUAUGAGCUCUCGCUGAAGAUCGAACCCCGAGUACCUCCUGGUUAAUCCUUCCCUUCCCCUUUCACACACAUAUUUUUAGUCUUACAAUCUCAAUCAUGUACAAACACAACUUCAAGAUUCGUCCUUAAUGAAGUGGGGUUUUUGUUUCAUAACCGGUUAUCGUGCUCAGGAUUCUCAGGAGAAAAAAGUGCCUUGUUGUAAAAAAAACUCUGCUGUGUAAAUAAUAUAAACAAGAAUGACGUAAAACACACAAACACAACUCUGCCAUAUGACUGUAGAAAGUUCUGUUUUCAGCUAACGAACCUGGCACUAGAGAGUAACCUUUGCUGCUACCGUGCUGUUAAUACCAGACAGUCUGCCUCUGUAGUCUCACAUGUACGUAUUGUCGGAUGAGUUAGCUCAUUUUGUAAGAUGAACACAGUUUCCAAAUAGUUUUUUUUUUUGGACCUUACAGCUUUAAAGUGAGAAUCUGUAUGUGUUAAAAUGACAUGCCUGCACCACAGAAACGAUGCUAAUGCAAACUGCAUGUUGCUGAAGCAAAAGGAAGAGUCGUCAUGUUUUGGAUUAAAGUCAAACUUUCAGAAUAAGGGCCAGGCAUGAGGAUGAACUAAGAGGAGGAAGUUGAGGUUUUUUUGUUUGUUUGUUAUUUUAAACUUUUGAAGUCCAAACGUUCAGAAGAAAACCAAAGUGUCAAAAACAAAGUCACACUGUAAAAUAAAGUUAUAAGGGGGGGAGCGGGGAGGGGGUAUUUUUAAACCUUUUCAACCUCAUCUCUCUUUUAAACCUUUUCAACCGAGAGAGAGAGAGAGAGAGAGAGAGAGAGAGAGAGAGAGAGAGUGAGAGAGAGAGAGAGAGAGAGAGAGAGAUGCACUGGUACGUCCGUCCUCUAAAUGCACUGAUUGAGGCGCGAUGUCUCAAGUUUUAAAAACUGAAGUGUAUGCCUUUGCUUUAACACUUUCCAGGAGCUGCUUGGUUUAAGACAAUCGUUGUGAUACACAUCCUCAUCAUCCAUUAAUCAAUCGGUCUUUAUUUGUAUAGCGCCAAUUCAUAACAAAUGUUUUAUCAAGACACUUUACAAAAGAGCAGGAAGUAGAUCUUACUCUUUGUUAUAUUAUCGACACAGACCCAACAUUAAUCCAUCAUCAGCACUCUGCAUCACCACGUGAUAACGGGGAUAUGGAGGGAAACAUUUCAAAACAUGUGAAACGCUGCAUGCUGAAGUUGUUGAAAAGCUUGUUUUUAAUCUUAACUGCAAGAUAUAAAGGCAUGUAUACGCCUUUCAGACUCAAAACAGCUCAAAAUGUUGGGGAAAAAAAUAUGCUUUAAACUUUUUUUUCUGAACAUAUUGACUUGCUUUCUUGAAAUGCAAAUAGCUUGUUUUGUGAGAUUUCAUGCCUGGCCUCUGCCGCCCCUAAAGACAGAACUCAAAAAGUACUUCUCCUGAAAUUAUAACUGGAUUUGAUUUGAACUGGACUUCAAAUUUGACAGGACACUCAGAGUAAGAACUUCCUGUUUUUGUCGCAAAUAAAGCCAGCUGCAGUACAGUUAAAUUCUAUAAUUAACCAUAAAUCUCUCCUGUUUCCCUCAGUAUUGAUGCCGACACAUAUUGAGUAAACAGGCUUUUACUUGACCUUUUUUAAAUAUUUACUCAUCAGUUUACACUAAAGGUUCAAGUUUUUGCAGUUGCUGAUGUUUUGCUGAUGCAUUUGCAUGUUGCAGCGAACACACAUUCCAAAUUAGAAAAAUAUGAUCAAGAUAUCUCCAUAUUUUGUAUUUUUUCAAAAUGCACGUGUCGUUUUCUUUCUGUCAGACUCGGGUCAUUUUGUAUCAGAUGUUCUGCUGUUUGAAUUAUCCUCUUCGCGUCUCUUUUUGAAAGAGUUGGCCUCAAAGCUUUCUUAAAUGCUCUGGAUUCUCCGCACAGUUUUUCUGUCAUUAUUAGCUCCUCGUCAAUGUGAUAUUAGAGUCAUAUUUAUAUUUCAAACCUUGUUUACUGUAUACUUUAAAUUGUGAUAUCUUUAUAAUAUCCGGUGAAAAAGAAUGUCAAUAGACUCUGAAGUUGUUUUUAGCAUGAUUGUCCCUCUUUCCUUAAGAAUACUGUUAUCCUGUAGUUUACUGAAAACGUUUUAUGAAGUUAAAUCUUUUUAUUUCGACACAUUCCUGACGCCAGGAAUCUUGAAAAGCUUCAGGCUUGGAUAUAUAAGAUCCUUGAUUUCUUACAUUCCUGCAAACUUUGAAAUUCCAGUUUUACUGUUGUUAUUUUUCCAUGCAUUUCUCUGUGUACUGUACAGAUAUUUACACACAAUAAAAGUGAAUUAUAAUGUA